UUCCCUCCUCCUUCAAAACCCUACAAACCCUCAUCGCCACCGCCGGAAUCCAUUCUCCGAGGCAUUCAUGGCUAGGGCUUGCACGGCGGCGGCAGCCUCGACGCUGGCCGCUGCGGUGAUGGCUAUGGAUCGUGCUUACGCUGAUGGCCCCUUCCACUUCCCCCUCUUUUCGUCACCCUCCUCGGCUUCCUCUCCAGCAGCAGCUGCUGCUCCGGAAGUACCUCCGGCGGGAGAUCCUCGUCCGAAAGCGGAGGAGCCGCCUCGGGUGCGAAACGACAAUCCAAGGACCACUGCUGCUGGAUUCGAUCCUGAAGCUUUGGUGCGCGGGGCUGAGGCUGUGAGAGAGAUUGAUAAGUCCCAUAAUGCCAAAAAGGUUUUUGAGCUGAUGAUGAAGCAGGAGCAAACCAGGCAGACUGAGUUAGCGGCUAAGAAGUCUGAGUUCGAGGCGAUGAGAUCGCAGAAUGAGACUGAGAGACAACGUGUUAUUUAUGACGAGCAGAAAAAACUCGUUCAACAACAGGCACAAACUAAGUCCCAAAUGGCUCGCUAUGAGGAUGAACUGGCCAGAAAGAGGAUGCAGGCAGACCAUGAAAGUCAAAGAGCAAGGAAUCAAGAGCUGGUGAAAAUGCAAGAAGAGUCUGCCAUCAGGCAGGAACAAACUCGCCGAGCUACUGAAGAGCAGAUUCAGGCUCAGCGGAGACAGACAGAGAGGGAAAAGGCGGAGAUUGAGCGUGAAACUAUUAGAGUGAAGGCUUUGGCUGAAGCAGAAGGGCGUGCCCAUGAAGCAAAAUUAGCUGAAGAUGUAAAUAGAAGGAUGUUAAUAGAACGUGCCAAUGCAGAGAGAGAAAAAUGGAUUUCAGCAAUAAAUACAACUUUUGAGCAUGUGGGAGGGGGAUUGCGAGCAAUAUUAACUGAUCAGAAUAAGUUGGUUGUGGCAGUUGGGGGUUUGACGGCUCUCGCUGCAGGGAUUUAUACUACUAGAGAAGGCGCUAAAGUGGUCUGGGGAUACGUUGACCGGAUACUAGGCCAGCCAUCUCUUAUCAGAGAGUCAUCCAGAGGAAAGUACCCAUGGUCAGGGUUUCUAUCUCGUGCCACGAGUUCAGUACUUAAGAAGAAAACCGAAACUAAUGGUCUGGGGAAGAAGGGGAAUGGUUUUGGUGAUGUGAUUUUAAAUCCAUCCUUGCAAAAGAGAAUUCAACAGCUAGCUGGUGCAACUGCAAAUACAAAAGCCCAUCAGGCACCAUUUCGUAACAUGCUUUUCUAUGGGCCUCCUGGGACAGGAAAAACUAUGGCUGCUCGAGAACUGGCUCGGAAAUCAGGACUAGACUACGCACUGAUGACUGGUGGGGAUGUUGCACCAUUAGGUCCACAGGCAGUGACCAAGAUACAUCAACUAUUUGACUGGGCUAAGAAAUCUCGCCGGGGCUUGUUGCUUUUCAUUGAUGAAGCGGAUGCCUUUUUGUGCGAGCGCAACAAGACAUACAUGAGUGAAGCCCAACGGAGUGCUCUCAAUGCUCUCCUUUUCCGCACAGGUGAUCAGUCAAAAGACAUUGUGCUGGCUCUUGCGACAAAUAGACCUGGUGAUCUCGAUUCUGCUGUCGCUGACCGUAUUGACGAAGUACUUGAAUUCCCACUACCGGGUGAAGAGGAGCGAUUCAAACUGCUAAAACUCUAUCUUGACAAAUACAUAGCAAGGGCAGGAGAGCGAAAACCUGGUUUUCUCAGCUUCUUCAGGCAACAACCGCAGAAAAUAGAGAUCAAAGGCGUCACAGACGAUAUAAUCCGGGAGGCAGCUGCUAAGACAGAAGGUUUCUCUGGCCGAGAAAUCGCCAAAUUGCUCGCUAGUGUACAGGCUGCCGUUUACGGAAGCAAGGACUGUGAACUCACUCCGAGUUUGUUCCGAGAAGUGGUGGAUUACAAAGUUGCAGAACAUCAGCAGAGGAGAAAGCUUGCUGAUGCAGAGGAAGGUGCAUGAUAUUCCUCAUUGAACCUCAUAUCUGAAUUCUAAUAAUAUUUAUUGAACUGUUCACUAAGCAGGUGAGUAUCUGCUCCUCAUUUUUAUUUUGAUGGGGUUUUUUUCUUCUUUAAUUUAUUUUAACUUGUAACCCCAUUCCAGGGGGAUUUUGUUUUGAUUAUAAAAUUCCCAAUUCACUCAA